GUAUUUACACUGUACUAUUCAUAUGGGUAUAGCAGGCUGAAAAGAGAAGAGAAAGGGGAGAUUGGAAGAUGAUUAUAGGCAAGUUCUACAACUUAUGACAGGAUGCCAGAAAAACAGUCAAACCGGGAGAGUAAGCGAAAGGCCGAGUCUAAACAGUUUAAUUACAAAGUCCUAAAGACCGCCGCCCUUGUACUAUUAUGGGUCACCAGCGGCUUAUUCAUAUCUUUGGCGGGAGCAACUCUGGUAGACUUCAAACAGUUACUUCACACAGACUUUGACAUCCUGGGUACGGUCAUGGUGUUACGAACAGUCGGCUAUGUGAUUGGUUGUUCCGUGGCGAGCGUACUCCAUGAUAAAAUUGGCAUCCAAUCAGAGCUAAUCGUUGCCGUGGCUGCAGCCGUCUGCUCUUCUUCAAACUUCCUCAAGCCUUUGUCUCCAUCGGUCAUCUUUUUCGGAGCUGUGAACACAGCAGAGGGAUUUGCCCACAGCUGUAUGAACACCGUGAACAAUGCCUUGAUACUGGAUCUGUGGGGUAGAAAAGCAUCUAUGCCCCUUCAUAUUUUUCACUUUGGCUUUGGUCUUGGUGGAUUUUUGGGCCCAUUGCUGACCAAGGAUUACCUCUCCAUUGGCUGCCCGGAUACUGCCUCCUAUAACAGCUCAGCGGACUGGUAUCUAGGGGGAGAUAACUUCAGUGGACAUGACUACGACUUACUGAAAGUCACAUGCAAAAACUCAACUGAGGCUAAUCCAAUGUUUUUGAGAACGCCGAAUUUGGAGGUUCCGUUCUCUAUUGUGGGCAGUCUGCUGGCAAUUAUUAGUUUAGUGCUGUUCACCUUCUAUUUCCUGGAAAAGUGUUCAGGUCAGUUCCGGUUAUCUUACACAAAGCCUGCUAAAGUCGGAACGUACCAAACAACAGAAAAAGUCCCCAAACAAUCCAUUUGUGACUUCAUAAAGAGUUUCCAUUUCAGGUUCGUCGUCGGUUUGUUUUUCGUGUAUAUGCUCAUCAACACAUUUGAAGGUGUGGUGUACAACUAUCUAUUUACAUUCGCCUAUGAAGGUGGGACUGGUUUCAGCAAACCGGAAGCGGCGUACCUAACCUCGGCUUACUGGGGCUCGUACACCCUGAGCCGUCUGUUGGCCUCGCUGAUAGCUCACUUCGUCUCCGUCAAAAUAAUGAUAUUUGUGGAGUUCGUAGGAAGUUUAGGCUCACUUCUCAGUAUGCUGUUUCUGGGGUUCAGCAGUAAGGUGGGUAUGUGGGUCUCUGCCUGCCUGCUUGGCAUAUUCUCUGCCCCAAUCUGGCCCUCAGGGCUCGCCUGGGCGGAUAGGUAUGUAAGGGUUAAGGCCUCUGUGGUGGCGGUGACGGACGUAGGGGCUGGCAUCGGUGGCUCCAUUUGCAUGUGGGUCGCAGGGCACUUGGUACAGUUGAACCGAACUCAUGUUUACCUUUGUGUGGCGUCUUCCGGUUGCGCAUGUGCAAUCAUUAUCGUGACAUUGUUGCAGAUUUAUGGGUACCGCCAAGGAGACCGUCAUGCAAAGAGAAAAAAUAGUGCUUGCCGUGCGAAUGCAACAUGA